GCGUGGGCCCUCCCUCCAUCUCUAUUUUCCAUUUUUAAUUUUGUUUUAGAAAAUCAUACUCCUCUUUACUUCCCAAAGCAAACGGCUAUUUAUUCUCUCUUCUCCUUCCACUUUUCUCACCACUCUCUCUCUCUCUCCUCCAACAAUCAACAAUGGCUCUCAUAAAAAACAUUUCCUCCCUCGUAUUACUAUUGUUGAUUGUAUCUCACGCCACCGCCCAAUCUCCCUCCGCUUCCCCCACUAAAUCCCCGGCUCCAGCCGCCGAUUCUCCAACCAAUGCCGCCGAUUCUCCAACUAAAGCCGCCGAUUCACCCACACCAGCUGCUCCAGCUCCUUCCAAGCCGAAAUCACCGGCUCCAGAAAAAGCUCCAGCUACGGCUCCAGUAAUCUCGGAAACUCCAGCCGAAGCUCCAUCUCCAUCCGCUAAACCCCCAGUUAAAGCUCCAGUUAAAGCCCCGGCUAAAGCGCCAGCCAAAGCACCGGCUAAAGCGCCAGCCAAAGCACCAGCUAAAACACCGGCUAAAGCUCCCGAGAGUUCGCCACCAGCUCCACCACCAGAGGCGCCGGCUCCUGAGGCGGCUCCACCAACUACUGUCGAAGCUCCGGCUCCGGCUCCCGAGAAGCAUCACGCUCCACCUCCGUACCACUGUAAAUUCAAGAACAAGAAGCAUUGUAAGAAGCAUCGCGCCGCAACCCCGGCUCCGGCUCCAGCUGAGCUUCUAAGCCCACCUGCGCCGCCAACUGAGGCUCCUGGACCUAACGGCGGCUUUGAUGAUUACGGUCCUGGUCCUUCUGAGGAUGAUACUUCGAGUGGAGAGAAGAUCACAUGGGCAACUAAAUUGGUGGUCAGCUUAGCAUUCGGAUGCGCUGCUGUGCUUCUUUUUUAAAGUUUCUAAAUAGAUUAGUUUCUUCUUUCUCUCACUCGAUCUCUUCUUUAUUUUUUGUGUUGAUGAAUUUUUUAUUCAUUUACUAGCUCAUGUCCAACUAAUAUCACGGGAUCGAAAUUAGACAAAUUGAGCUAUAUACAUUGAUUGUAAUAUUAUUUUAUUUAUUAUUGAGCUUAUAUUAUACAAUUCCAUUCUAUUCUAUUUAUUCAGAUCUACCUAA